AUGAUAACUCAACCAUGUCACAUUAUAUCAAUAUCAUUCUGCUUUUCUGUAAAUCAAUUAGGUGAUCAUAUUUCAAUAACACCGCAGAUGAUAUUUGCAGCGCUAAAAAAGCUUCAAUUACGUAAAGUUUAUGUUCCAUUGAAUCUUAUUAGCGAAUAUUUACGUCGUUCCUAUCCAGUUGAAAAUAAUGUAAAAAUAUUUACUGAGGAAUUAAAAAGAAAAUUGAAUUGUGCUGUACGUGUCGGAUUAAUAUUAAAACAUGGAGAGGAUUCGUAUUAUUUACCUACUUUAAGACAAGAAGCAAAUGCGCUUAAAACAGCAUUCACUGCAUUUUGGGAAAUAUAUAAAAACUAUUCCAGACUCCCUGUCUCAAAAAUUAAAAACCAGCACAGAACUUAUUCUACACUAAAAAAACGAACCAAAAGUGCGAAAUAUUCCAAAAAUAAUAACAAUCAUAGUAAAUAA